AUGUCACCAACUGCAAAGGAACUUGAUGCAGACCCUUAUCGGCACGACUUUCUUCUGCCAAAUGGUAUUAUACUUUCACUGACCCCGGACCCGGAUAUCACUCUUCUGGGUUUGAAGUCUCACCUUUGGUCGCUUGCCGCAAAGGAGUCCUUCUACGAUCGGCUGGGACCGCCGUCGGAGUACAUAUUCAAAAGUAUCAACAGUUCAGCGGAGGAGGAAGAACUCUACGAUGAGAACCUUACAUUCUCCUCCCUCGAUCUCCUGCUACCAGUUAUCCGCUUGGAGAAAACGGCGGAUGAUAGUAAGGUUGUCGCCCUCAACACCAGGAACGCCAUGAUUGCAAGGUGUGCGAACUAUUCAUUGCAGCUUGAGCACACUUUCUAUGUUGGUACAACUUUUUUCUGUCUGCUUACAUAUCAAAUUUUGCUUUGCAACCUCAUGGGAUGCUCCAAACCGGAGCUGUAA